GCCACCUCACCCGCCGUGCCCAGCGAGGCAGCUGGCACAGCUGGACUUUGAGCUGCUUAUCAGGUGCUGGAGGCGCCGGGAGGGGAGCGGAGGUGCCGGAGGGGUGUGGAGAUGUCGCCUGCAAGGGCGUGAAGGGGCUACACCCAGCUGUGACCCCCCUGCCAGGGGCACCGCAUGGCUGCAGCCCCUAAACCCCUCAGGGGGACCCAGUGGGUGCUGCCCCGCUGGCUGCCAAGCCCUGGUACCUGUCGAGGUGUGGGGGUGCCCCCCCGGGGUGCAUGAAAGGCCCUUUUGUACCUCCUGCCGUGGGCAGGGCUGCGGCUCGCUGCCAGGGCUGUGGCACACGGUGGCACACGGUGCCUUCCUGCCCCCCUGGCCCCGCCGUCCCCGCCCUUUGCCCAGCCCCGCGUUAAUGAUCCACCCGCCCCAGCAGCCGCCGGCGUGGUGGCAGCGGCAGCAGAGCCGGGGGUCCUUGGCACGGGCGGCUCGGGGGGGCUGGCGGCUCCUGCCCUCCUCCCCAGCAGCGAUAAGAGCGGCUGCGGGCAGUGCCCAGCGGGCAGAGCGGCCGCACCAUGGGCACGCUGAACCUGCGCGCCCUGACCUCCUGGGUGGGCAUCGCCCGCCUCCUGGCCGUGCUGCUGUCCUGCCUCUCCUUCAGCCUGGUGGCCUCCACCGGGCACUUCGAGGAUCCCUACGGGACGUGGUGCAUGUUCACCUGGUGCUUCUGCUUCGCCGUGACGCUGCUGGUGCUGCUGCUGGAGCUGCUGGAGCUCUACCCGCUGCUGCCGCUCUCCUGGGAUGACUUCACCUCGGCUUUCUCCUUGCUGGCCGCUCUCAUGGUCUUCACCUCCUCGGUGGUCUUCCCCGCCACGUUCAUGAGCGGCCCCUGCAGCAGCAGCCAGUGUGCCCGGCAGGCCGUGGCCACCACCUCCUCCUGCCUCUGCUUCCUCGCCUACGCCCUCGAGGUGUCUCUGACCCGCGCCAAGCCCGGGGACAUCAGCAGCUUCCUCUCCACCGUGCCCGGGCUCCUCAAGGUCUUUGAAGCCUACGUGGCUUGCCUGAUCUUCUCCCUGCUGGAUACGGCUGAAUACAGAAGGGAAUCUGGCCUGAUGUGGUGCGUGGCUGUCUACUCCAUCUGCUUCAUCUUCACCCUCCUUAUCAUCAUCUUCACCAUCGGCCGCUGCCUCACCUACAUCCCCUGCCCGCUGGAGAAGGUGCUGGUGGGUUACAACGUGCUGGCCCUGCUGAUGUACCUCACUGCCAUGGUCCUGUGGCCCCUCUACAGCUUCCGGGGCCGGGGCCGCCCCAAUUCCUGCGGCAAGGACUGCUGGUGGAACAAGGACCUGGGGGUCACCUUCCUCACCAUCUUCAACCUCAUCGCCUACUUGGUGGACCUGGUCUAUUCCACCAGGAUGGUUUUCUUCAGGGUACCUCCCUAAGGGCUCGGGGCGGGGCUGGGGGCGGUGGGACGCGGCUGGUGCCGGCGGAGCUGAGGAAGAGGCCGGGUGCCUCGGAGAGCUCCUUGUGCCCGCGCUGGGGCAGAGAGCCGGGGGUGACCCAGGGGUGCGCUCAGCCCGGGGCCCCAAGGGCUGCACAGACAGGGGGGCUGGAGGGGCCACGAGGGGCUCCCAAAACCACGGAGCUUGAGGGGGCUUUGGGAUUAAAUUGAGUCAUUUUUCACUUGUU